CGUCGCGUCGCUUCGAACGACGGAACGACCCUCAGGCUCGAGGAGCGACUGACGCCGAGCUACAAGUCCGCGCGCGUCGUGGAGCAGUGGGUCGUCGAGAGCGUCGCCGGCGAGCCGCUGGAGGAGUCGAGCCCGGAGGCGCCGUCGCCGCGGCACGCGCCGGAGGCGGUCGUGACCGCGCAGCUCGACGCGUUGAGAGGCGGGGACUUCGCGCGCGCGAGGGCGUUCGCGUCGCCGGCGAACGUCGCGUCGCGAGGGCCUAUCGAGCUGUUCGAAAAGAUGCUCAAUUCGGAUAUGUACAGGUCGCUGAUCGACCCGAGCGGGAGCGCGGAGAUGAUGAAGACCGCGCAGCUGUGCGCGGAUCAGUUCGUGUGCUUCGUGAAGGUGCGGGGAGGCGGCGGCGGGGCUGGGGGGGCGGCGGGCGGCGGCGGCGGCGGCGACGGCGGAGAGAUUUUUUUGUGGCUCGUAGGGAAGCGCCGCGGCGGUCCCACGGUCGACACGCGCGGGUGCUGGAUGACCGAGGCCGUGAGCCGCGUGCGGCCGGAGGACGUGGACGCGUACGGGCUGUGAACGACCCCCCCGGGAGGGGUCUCACUCCACACGCAGCCCGCGGCGGCGUCGUAUCUACCUUUUGUAAAACCAAACCAAAACC